UGAUCAAAGCGAGGGCGAGGGCGAGGGCGAGGGCGCUUUGGGACAAUUUGGAGGAGCAAGUGGAAGAUCUUCCUUUCCCUACAACAACAUCAGAAGAUUCAUAGUUUCAGGCCUUUUCCGUUCUUUCUUUGAAAUCUUCCUUUCCCUAAGGGGUAGAAAAAGACACCUAACUACACCAACUGAGUUCAUUUGGGAUUUACAGAAAUGGUUGCUCCAUUAUCAUCUUGGCCAUGGGACAACUUUGGCAUCUUCAAGUAUUUGCUAUAUGGGCCAUUGCUUGCAAAUGGGUUAUACUCAUUACAUGUAGAGGGGAACAUCACAAACAAUUGGUGCCUCCAUAUUCUUUUUCUCUGUUUACUCAGAGUAGGAGUUCAUAUAGCUUGGAGCUCUUACAGCACCAUGCUUUUCUUGACGAGAAACCGCAGAAUUCUCCAACAAGGAAUUGAUUUCAAGCAGAUUGAUAUGGAAUGGGAAUGGGAUAACUUCUUAUUACUUCAAGCUCUAAUGGGUUCCUUGAUGGUGUACUUGUUUCCUUCUCUUGGAUAUCUACCGCUUUGGAACGCAAAAGGGUUAAUUGCAGUUCUGAUACUCCAUGUGGGAGUUGCAGAGCCUUUGUUUUACGUGUUGCAUAGAUACUUCCACACUAAACACUAUCUUUUUACUCAUUACCAUUCUCUUCAUCAUUCUUCUCCAGUCCCUCAGUCCUUCACAGCUGGAAAUGGGACAGUUCUGGAACAUCUUGCAUUAAGUAUGGUAAUUGGAGCGCCAAUUGUUGGAACAUGUCUUCUGGGGUAUGGAUCAACGGCCAUGAUCUUCUGCUACGUUUUGAUAUUUGACUUUCUCAGAUGCUUAGGGCUUUCCAACGUUGAAAUUGUCCCACAUCGGCUGUAUGAAGCAAUUCCAGUUUUUAAAUAUCUGCUCUAUAAUCCAACGUACCAUACACUUCACCGCACAGAGAAGAGAGCCAAUUUCUGCCUCUUCAUGCCUCUGUUUGAUGCCAUCGGAAACACAGUUGAUGAGAAGUCAUGGGAAUUACAUAAAGAGAUAAGCUCAAAUGCAGGAAAAAACGGGAAGGUGCCUGAUUUUGUGUUUCUAGCCCAUGUGGUGGAUGUUUGUUCAUCAAUGCAUUCGCCAUUUGUAUCAAGAUUCUUUGCUUCACACCCCUAUGUUACAAGGUUGUUCUUGCUUCCAGCAUGGCCCACUACGUUCAUAGUGAUGCUUGUGAUGUGGGCAAGGUCCAAAACCUUCCUUUACAGUUUCUACAACCUUAGGAAUUCGCUUCACCAGACAUGGGUGGUUCCAAGAUUUGGAUUUCAGUAUUUCUUGCCAUUUGCAAAAGAUGGCAUCAACAAGCACAUAGAAGAUGCAAUUCUGAGAGCUGACAAGUUGGGGGUUAAGGUCAUCAGCCUUGCUGCACUUAAUAAGAAUGAAGCUCUAAAUGGUGGGGGCACACUUUUUGUAGACAAACAUCCAAAUCUUAGGGUAAGAGUUGUUCAUGGGAAUACCCUAACAGCUGCUGUCAUUCUCCAUGAAGUUCCAAAGGAUGUCAAGGAAGUGUUUCUAAGUGGAGCCACUUCCAAGCUUGGAAGAGCCAUCGCCCUCUACCUCUGUCGAAGGAAGGUUCGAGUCCUUAUGCUUACACUUUCCAAGGAAAGAUUUGAGAAAAUUCAGAAAGAAGCCCCUGUGGAUUGUCAAAACUACUUGGUUCAGGUGACCAAGUACCAAGCUGCCCGCAGUUGCAAGACUUGGAUCGUUGGGAAAUGGAUCACUCCAAGAGAGCAGAGUUGGGCCCCAACUGGAACUCACUUCCAUCAAUUUGUAGUCCCUCCCAUCUUGGCUUUCAGAAGAGACUGCACCUAUGGCGACCUCGCCGCCAUGCGCUUGCCUGACGACGUCCAAGGCCUUGGCAACUGCGAGUAUACGAUGAGCCGAGGAGUGGUGCAUGCGUGUCAUGCGGGCGGUGUGGUGCACUAUUUGGAAGGAUGGACUCACCAUGAGGUUGGGGCUUUGGACGUCGACAGAAUCGACCUUGUCUGGGAAGCCGCUAUAAAACAUGGCCUAAAACCAGUCUCAUCCAAUUAACCGCAUUUUUUUGUGUAUUACAAUUGUUUGGGAUUUUACAUUACGAAUUAAACAAAUGUGGUGUAGUUCUUUGUCUUAUUAUGUUUUAUAUGAUGAAUAAAAAA